AGCUUAUAAAAGCAGCUGUCAAGUUCUUGGCUCAGCUCAGUCUGUUUUGGGUUGAUUUUUCAAGAGCACUAUGGAUUUCUUGAGUCUCUUGGCUGUCUUCGUUUUGGGCUUUUCUACUACUGCCCAGGCUUCAUUAGUGAAAUGCUCCUGUGAUCCUGGUCCUGCGGGUGAACGAGGUCCUCCUGGUCCACCAGGUCCACCAGGAAAUUCGAAUGGUCUUGCCGGCAGUGGUUCCGGCUACUGGGGCUAUCCACCCACUGGUCCCUAUCCUCCAAAUCUUCCUAUUAUUCAGGGACCUAGAGGAUUACCAGGUCCACCGGGUCCCCCCGGAUAUUGCUUCCCCUGCCCGGCGGUUCCACCAUUGAGAUCUUUUCCACCUCCCGGAGUUCCUGUUCCACCUUUUGUUUCUACUCCAGCUGGCGGCGGAUUUGGGGGAUCCUCUGCUUUGACCUCCGCAGUCGGCAAUAUUAUAGUAAUUCCUGGUGGUGUUGGAACCGGAUUAGCUGGUCGGGCCCAGUUCUUCCACAUUUCUCCCGAUGGCCAGGUAAUGCAGAUAGAUAGACCGCAAAAUCUGCCAACUGAACUAUUCGAUUCAGCGGUGAAUCAAGCGGCAGCUCCAAUUCCACCACCUCAACCCACAUCGUCAUCUCUGUCGGCGAUUACACCUCCGGCAGUUCAAAUGGCACCCACUCAGCCCACACCUGGAGAACUGGGAGCUGCGCAGACCACAUUACUUCCGGAAAACAUUGAGGAAACUGUAUUCGCGGUAGGAAAUCGCAAGGACUUCUUGAGAGGCAGCUCCGAUGCAAGCGAUUGGCGGAGAAUUCUCCUCUUGGGCGAGCGAUCCCACGAUGGCUUAAUGACUGCCAAGGGUCACUCCGUGCAACAGCAUAAUCCCAACCAGCUGGAGAACAGCAUGGAGAACUUUCAGAGGGCACUGGUUGAGCUGAAAGAAAAGUAUGCCACUCUGGUACAACCUCGUAGUGCUAAUCAAUAUGCAGUCAUCAUUUGAGAAGAAAUGUAGAGAUUGGAGUUAGUUGAAUAUUUUAAUAAAACAGUACUGAUAAUGUCUAACAAGGA